AUGGCCGACCAUCAUUUGGUUACCACUUGCUGUUUUAAAGGUCGCGAAUAUUUGGUCAAAAUGAAUAUUGUAAAUAACACAUUAAUUGAUAUUACAAUAACUGAUAAAUAUUCUGGCGAAGAUUGGCAAUGUAAUUACGAUGCGGCAUAUAUUGAAAGUUUAACACAGCGAACUGGGAACUUUAAACAAUUUAAUAUUUUCAUAACAAUGUUAAAGUCCGGUUUGUUAAAGACCAGUGACUGCGUGUCUUUGGACCUACUUACAUUUGAAGAUUUAGAAAUUUUACGUUCACGUAAAGGUAAACCAUUCUGCCCUAGUGGAUAUUCUGCAAAUGGAAAAUUUUCAACCAAUAAUAAUCGACGUUAUCUAAUUUUAACUUAUUCGGUGGAAUUUGAUAGAAUUCAUUAUCCGUUGCCACUUGACUAUUGUGGCCCACCUGAUCCACAAAUUCUGCAAGCAAAUAUACGCCGACUUGAGAAUGAAAUAUGUAGAUUACAAGAAAUCAUUGCCGGAAACGCUAGUGAAUCAAUAAAUAUGUCGAAAUAUCAACAAACAAUUAAUAGCCUAACUGAAGAAAACAAUAAUUUAAAAAGUGAAAUAAAUCAUUUACGAAACUCAAAAAAUUCAUCAACUAAUAAAAUGGAAUUCCUUCAUGAAGCAAUUAAAACCUUGGAAGAAAGUCAACAAAUAUUGACAUUACAAGAAAAAUUUAAAUACAGUAUAGAAUCACAUAGAAGAAAAAUAUCUCCGCAUCAGAGCUUACGGUUUUCUGAUCCUGGAUUAAAUUUAUUAUUCUUCAACCCAAAUUCGAAAAAUGAUCCAAGUUCAAAAACCAUCGAUAAGGGUAAAAAGUCGUUUAACACAGUGGACCCUAUAAUACCACAAGUUAGUCGAAUUGAAAGUUGGGAAACUACAUUACGAAGCCAUAACAUUAUUGAACCACCAAGAAGAAGGCCUCGAAGUGCAUCCAAAAGUUCACCAUCAUGCCGAAGGAAAUCAGCCGUAGAACAAACAUGUGAACCAGUGAAACAAUCAAAGCGUAAAAGUCGUAAAGAUCAAAGUCGUCAACGUAACCGAUCACGUAGUACAUCUCAAAGUCGAACACGUGCAAGUUCCACAGAAAGUAUAACACGUCAAAGUACAAAUAACUUUAAACAUAUACAACAAAGUUAUCAAGCUAUGAGAAUGGAUUCAGUACGUAAGCUACAUCCAAUGGAGAGUACCGCAAGUGAAGAUUGCCAAAAUUUAGCUCUUCGAAUUCAAGCACUACAAAAAAUGAUAUCAGAAUCAACUAUUUAAUCCAAUAUCCCUUUUGUGGACUUUGAAGACACCUAGGAAAAUAAUAAAAUAUCACAAAACUAUUACUUUUAAGUAUAAUUUAUUUUUUACAUCAUCAUAUCCCUGACAAAAACUUGAUAAUUUUCAAUCGUACAAAAAGCCAGUUUGGUAUAAUAAUAACGUUUU